ACCUAGACUCCCAUUGAAGUGGCAGAAAUGAAUGGCAGCCCGGCACGUGAGGAAGCCCGACAGAGGAAUGGAGGCACGUGACUGGGUUGCUUCCAAGUUUUGGAGCACAUUAGCCCAAGUCCCUCAGACGGAGUCUACGAUUGCGCUCCUCAUCCACCCACCGGCGGCGAGAGAGACAGAGAGACCGGGAGAGAGAGAGAGAGAUGAGUAGGCUCAACUCUUCAAGUUCCGAAUUGGACUUAGAUCGACCCAACCUCGAAGAUUAUCUUCCCUCUGGAUCCAUCCAAGAGCCUCUCGGCAAGCUCCGCCUGCGCGAUUUGCUCGAUAUUUCACCUACCCUUACGGAGGCUGCCGGCGCCAUUAUUGAUGACUCUUUCACGCGAUGCUUCAAGUCAAAUCCGCCAGAGCCAUGGAACUGGAAUGCGUAUUUGUUUCCUUUGUGGUGUUUUGGCGUCGUAGUGAGAUAUGGGAUUCUUUUCCCAGUAAGGGUUCUAAUAUUGACAAUAGGAUGGAUAAUAUUCCUUUUGUCCUUUAUUCCUGUACAUUUAUUAUUGAAAGGUCACGAGAAGUUGAGGAAGAAAUUAGAGAGAUCUCUGGUAGAGUUAAUGUGCAGCAUCUUUGUUGCAUCAUGGACUGGGGUUGUUAAGUACCAUGGGCCUAGGCCUAGCAUGCGGCCUAAGCAGGUGUUUGUGGCCAAUCAUACUUCUAUGAUCGAUUUCAUUAUUUUAGAACAGAUGACGGCAUUCUCUGUUAUCAUGCAGAAGCACCCUGGGUGGGUGGGAUUGCUGCAAAGCACAAUUUUGGAGAGCCAAGGAUGUAUCUGGUUCAAUCGGUCAGAGGCUAAGGAUCGUGAAGUCGUAGCAAAGAAGUUAAGGGACCAUGUUCAAGGGGUUGACAAUAAUCCGCUUCUUAUUUUUCCUGAGGGAACUUGUGUAAACAACCAUUACACUGUUAUGUUCAAGAAGGGUGCAUUUGAACUUGGCUGCACUGUUUGCCCCAUUGCAAUCAAGUACAAUAAAAUUUUUGUUGAUGCUUUUUGGAAUAGCAGAAAGCAAUCCUUCACUACACAUCUGCUGCAGCUUAUGACAUCGUGGGCUGUUGUAUGUGAUGUGUGGUACUUGGAACCCCAAAACUUGAAGCCUGGAGAGACACCCAUUGAAUUUGCGGAGAGGGUCAGGGACAUAAUUUCUGUUCGAGCUGGUAUAAAAAAGGUUCCAUGGGAUGGAUAUUUGAAGUAUUCUCGUCCUAGCCCAAAGCAUAGAGAGCGGAAGCAACAGAGCUUUGCCGAGUCUGUGAUGAAGCGUCUCGAGGAAAAAUGAAAUCAAAAUUUUGUGAUUGUUUUUUUUUGUUUUGUUUUGUUUUUUUUUUUUCUACUUGUGUGUUUUUUUUUUUUCAUUUUUUUUAUUUUUAAAUUUAAAAUACUGAAAUUCAUAGUUGCUCUUGUAUUUAUCCUAAAUAAAUAUAUAGAUUCACUGAUGUGCCCCUUAUUCCUCUGUUUAUUCAAAUAAAGACUUUGAUCUUGGUUGAUUGGAA